AUGAAUUAUCAUCCUAAUAUUCGAGACAAGCUCCGUAGAGCAUAUUAUCUAAAGGGCCCUUUUCAGCCUGUGACUCAUAAAUUUCCUUGUAGAAAUUUCGGAAAAGGGACACGUCGUUUCAACCCUGCUUGGUUUAGUGCUUAUUCUAAUUGGCUAGAAUAUAGCAUAGGCAAAGAUGCGGCAUUUUGCCUAUGUUGUUUCCUUUUCAAGCCUGAUAUUGGAGAACAAUCGGGAGGUGACUCCUUUGUGGGUGAGGGGUUUUCAAAUUGGAAGAAGAGUGAAAGACUCAAAAUUCAUGUUGGAGGCCCUAAUAUUCUCCACAACCAAGCUUGGAGAUCUUGUGAAGCUUUGAUGAACCAAAAUCAACACAUUCCAACAAUUUUCUACAAGCAAACAGACCAAGCUAGAAUUGAAUAUCGAACUCGUUUAACUGCAUCAAUUGAAUGUAUCCGAUAUCUUUUACACCAAAGACUUGCAUUUCGUGGACAUGAUGAAUCUGAGGAUUCAAACAAUCAAGGGAACUUUCUUACACUUUUGAGAUUUCAUGCUGAUCACAAUAAAGAUGUAAAAGCCGUUGUAUUGGAAAAUGCUCCUGCAAAUUUGAAAUUAACGUUACAUGAGAUCCAAAAAGAAAUUAUUAAUUCCAUUUCAACAGAGAUCAUCAAUUUUAUUAUUAGAGAUGCAUUUUUCUCUAUUUUAAUUGAUGAGUCUCGUGAUGUAUCAAUAAAGGAGCAAAUGGCUAUUGUGUUACGUUAUGUGAAGAAUGGGAGUAUCAUUGAGCAUUUUAUUGGUAUGGUACAUGUUAGGGAUGCAACUGCUCUCUCACUUAAGGCAGCGAUUGAUAAUUUGGCUCUUGUUGCUGUGGCAAAGAAUCAUAGCCAAAUUUUCACUUUUUUCUUAUUUGUUACUAAUGUGGUGAAUGUAGUUGAAGCAUCUUGUAAACGCCGUGAUAUGCUUCGAGAGAAACAAAUUGUUAAAGUUAUUGAAAGACUUAACAAUGGCGAGCUUUCAAGUGGGCAAGGCCUAAAUCAAAGCACUUCUCUUAUACGGCCGGGAGACACUCGUUGGGGGUCACAUUAUGUGUUGGAAAUGACAAAUGAAUUAUCAAAAGCACUACAAAGGAAAGAUCAAGAUAUCGUGAAUGCUAUGUCUUUAGUCAAAGUAUGUAAGCAGCGACUACAAAUGACGAGGGAGGAUGGAUGGGAUUCUUUACUCGAAGAAGUUUCUUCAUUUUGUGAGAGAUAUGGGAUUGAUGUUCCCAAUAUGGAUGAUAAGUUCUUUGCUCAAGGACGACGACGACGUAAGAUGGAAGAAAUGACAAACUUGCGUUACUAUCGUGUUGAGUUGUUUUAUUCGGUGAUAGAUAUGCAACUUCAAGAGCUAAAUAGUCGUUUUAGUGAGGCUAGUUCUGAGUUACUUCUUUGUAUGUCAUGUUUAUGUCCAGAUGAUUCAUUCCUUACUUUUGACAAACAAAAAAUAAUUCGUUUUGCUGAAUAUUAUCCAAAAGAAUUUUCUACAGUCAAGCUUAGAGAACUUGAUAGUCAACUUGCGAAUUAUAUUAUUGAUGUGCGCUCUACUAGUAGCUUUGAAGGAUUGAAAGGGAUUUCUACUCUUGCAAAAAAAAUGGUAAAGGCAAAAAAGGACAAGGUGUAUCCGUUGGUGUAUUGA